AUGGAUAGAACCAGAGAAGCGAGGAGAGUCACUAUGGCCGCCGCCGCCGCUACAAAUGGCCUUUCACGGCGGCGGCACAGGAGUAGCUCUCUUAGAGACUCACCAGAGGAUGAUGGGCCGGUGGAGUUACAGGAAACGGCGCGUUUAAGGGAUCGAAAGAAGGAUCGAGAUCGAGAAAGAGAAAGGGAACGAGAACGGGAUCGAGAUAGAGAACGAGAUAGGGAACGAGAUAGAGAGAGAGAAAGAGAUCGCUUGAGUAGAACGAGUAAGAGAAGAAGGGGGGAUAGAUUGAUAAGUAGCAGAGAAGAUGGGGGCGAGGAUAGUUCUGAAGAAAGCGUAAACGACGAAGAAGAUGAUGACGACGAAGACGGCGGCGGAACCGGCGGUGGAGGUUCUGUUCGGAUGCUUCCGCCGAACAACGCUGGGUCUUUGUCGAUGUCAAAUCAUCAUCAUCAGCAACAUCAGCAUCAUCAACAGCAGCAGCAGCAUCAACAUCGGAAGAGCUUUCCACCGCCGGUGAAAGUUAUUAGAACGACACCACCGGCAGGGACGACGAUGACUAGCGCCACAACUACAUCAUGUACGUGGAAACCCGCCGAUGAGAUGAUUGGCGUGUCGGUGCCUAGAAAAGCUCGGUCAGCUUCUACUAAAAGGUCUCAUGAAUGGGCAUCAAGUGGCGUUGGCGGUGGUGUUAUUGGCGGAGAUCAAAUUCAACGUCAAGCUUCAACUUCGCCGGUGAGAACAGGUGUAGCUGGGAUGUUAAUGUCACCGUCUCCGGCUCCAGCCUCUCCAUCUUCUUCCAAUGCUUCUAUGAGGAAGAAGAUGAAGCCUAACGGACCAAAACAAAGGCCGCCGAAAUCGUCGAAAUCUUCAUCUUCAGCUCAGGAAGAGAUUGAGAUCGAGAUUGCAGAGGUGUUAUAUGGUUUGAUGAGGCAGCCACAAGUUCCAUCUAAGCAAGAAAUAAUUGGGAAUGAUUCGGUUAAGUUUGAUGCAAGAGAAGUUAAUAAACCCAAUAAUGAUGCUAAAUCAAGAGUCUCUUCACCGAUCUCCAACUCCCCAUCAACUCUUCCCCAAUCAUCUUCUAUUUUACCUCCAAAUUCUAACUCCUCUGCUACUCCUAUGUCUGCAAUUGCUCCGAAGAGGAAAAGACCGAGACCGGUUAAGUAUGAGGAUGAGACGACGACGACAGGACCACCUCCUUCUAUUUUCCCUGUUAGGAACAGUUCCGUAUCUUCUACUACAACUAAGGUUGAAAUUGAUCAACCAGCUAAAAUUGAAGCUUCUUCUCCUCCGAAUUUGGAGAAGAACUUAGGAUCCGUGGCUGAAAAUGGUGGGAGUUCUUACGAUUUGAUGAAUUCUUCACAAGCCGGUCCGGCUUCAUCUGAGUUGGUUCAGGCUGAACCAGUUAAGGAAGAGAAGAACAAUCUAGUACCGGAUUCUAAGCCUUUGACCGAAGAAUCUGAGAGUAGAGAUAUUGGUUUGAGUAGAAAGGAAGAGUCUCAAUCGCCAAAGAAGGAAUCUUCACCUUCUCCUGCUAAUAAUCCUCCCUCCACUGGUCUCCGAUUGGAUGAUGAGCGUGAGAAUUUGACAGUGACAAAAGCAAAUUCAACGGUUUGUGAGAUUGAGAGCCAGCGGGAAGAGAAGUUCCAAAUAGAUCUGAUGGCUCCUCCUCCGUCUAGAUCGUCCCCAGAAAGGGAUGGUGAGAUUGAAUUUGGGGCUUCAGAUCCUAGGCCAAUGGCCACGGAUAUGGAAUUGGAGAUGAAGUCUAUUGUAAAGGUGGAUGAUAAAAGAGUGAAAGUCGGCCAGGAAGAUGUGAAUGUGGAAGCUGAGGAUAGUAAUAAGAAGGCCAAGCCAAUUGCUGAAGAAGCCGAAUCACAUAAGCCAGUUGGAAAUAAAGAAAGGAAUAUUGAUCUUCAGCUUGAUUUGGAGAAAUCUGAUAGAGAUAGUGUCACAGUUAGUGUUAGUGCGAACAAGCUCAACAACCAUGGUCAAAAGCUGCAGCAUCAACAACCCAGUAUGGAGAAAACUGCACAAUCUGGUUCUUUGCCUUUGCCGAUGUCAAUGGCUAGCUGGCCUGGUGGACUUCCUCCAAUGGGUUACAUGGCUCCUUUACAAGGUGUUGUAUCCAUGGAUGGGAGCGCUGUAUCUUCAGCAGCUAUUCAGCCUCCACAUUUGCUUUUUACUCAACCAAGGCCAAAGAGAUGUGCAACCCAUUGCUACAUUGCUCGGAAUAUACACUAUCACCAGCAAUUUAUGAAGAUGAAUCCUUUCUGGCCAGCAGCACCUGGCUCAGCUUCAAUCUACGGGGCGAAGGCUUGCAAUCUAAAUGUUGUGCCCCCUACCGAAUUGCGUGGGAACAUUCCUGGAAGAGGGGUGAAUUCUGUGCAAGAUAAGGGGCAGGGUCUUGCAAUUUUUCCUGGUCAUGUUGGCAAAGAUAAAGGUCCUCAGGCUGCUGCCAACAUGGUGGAUGCUGCUCAGAGAAAGCAAAUAUUGCUCCAGCAAGCUCUACCCCCAGGAGCAGCACCCAGUAAUAUUCUGCAUGGUCCUGCCUUUAUUUUCCCAUUGAGCCAGCAACAGGCUGCUGCUGCCGCAUCUGCCCGACCUGGGUCUGUGAAAUCUCCUCCUGCUGCUGGUAGCACAGCUUCAUCGAGUACAUCUAACUCUGCCUCCAUAACUGCCACCCCAGUUGGUGCAACCGCAGCCCCAUCAAUGAGCUUCAGCUACCCAAAUAUGCCUGGCAAUGAAACCCAGUACUUGGCAAUUCUGCAGAAUAAUGCCUACCCAUUUCCAAUUCCUGCACAUGUUGGGGCACCACCUGCUUAUCGAGGAAAUCAUGCUCAGCCUAUGCCUUUUAUUCAUGGAUCUUUCUAUUCUUCCCAAAUGCUUCAUCCUUCACAGCUUCAGCAACAGCAGCAGCAGCAGCAGCAACAGCCACCCCCACAAUUGCAGCAAAGCCAACAAGGUCAUCAGAACACAAGCAUGUCCAGUGGUUCAUCAUCCUCCCAGAAGCACUUGCAGAACCAGCAGCAAAGGCCACAUGGAAGUGGUGUGAGUAGCGGCAGUGGGAACUUGCAAGUGUUCCCUUCCUCAAAAAACCAGUCACCCCAUCCACUACAGCUUCAGCAACGGCAGCAACAGCCAAGUCAGCAUGCUUCUCAUCAAGCUCGGCAACUUGAGGGUGAAUUAGGUGGCGAAGAUAGCCCAUCAACUGCUGAUAGCCGAGUAUCUCGUGCAAAUAUGAAUGUUUAUGGUCAGAAUUUUGCUAUGCCCUUACAGCCUUCAAACUUCGCUUUGAUGACUGCUGGUUCAGUUGGUGGUUCUACAAGUUCUGGUGGUAACCAUGGGGAAAAGAAGCAACAGAUGCAGCAUCCAUCACAACAGCCAGCCUCAAAGGCUGGAGUUGAGCCUCUUACAUCUCAAGCUUUUGCCAUGUCAUUUCCUUCCAUUAAUGGCACCACCGCUCCUGGCCUUGAUAUUUCCUCCCUUGCACAAAAUCAUGCAAUUCUUCAGAGCCUUCCAGAAAAUACAAGGCAAGGCUAUCAGCAGAUCAUGGCAGCUGCUGUAGCUGCCCAAGCAGCUCACCAGAAGAAGAAUAAUUAUCAUGUCUCGGAAGAAGGGAAGCGUGGGACCAAUGAUGCAUCUAGUGUGGAAGAAGAAAGGAAGGCCAUGGCAGGAAAGGGUUCAGCAACUGUUGGGCAGUCCAUUGCCUUCUCCAGGCUGGAUCUGUCUGAUUCAUCUGUUUCCACUAUUCCAGUCAGCAAUGUCAUUGAUAGUUCUGCUCGUACCCUUAAUCUUGGCUCUGCUUCUGCCAGAACUUCAGGUUCUGUUAUGCCAGCUUCAAUAAGUGGAGUCAAUGCUCCUAAUGCUCAGCAACAGCUUCAGCGGAAUCAACAGCAGCAGCAACAGCAGAUGCUACAGCUUCAGAAGCAACAUCAAUUUGGGCCUGCUUCUGCUCCUCGAAGUAAGACACCAGCAACGAGUAAUGGAAGUGCUUAUUCUGAUCACCUCCCUUCAUCUUCUAUGGCUGCCAAGUUUCCAAAUGCUCUGUCUGCAUUUCCUCAAAAUCUUGUGCAAAGCAGCAGUAGUCCAGCUCAAUCCCCUCAAUGGAAGAAUUCUGUGAGGACAACUGCCUCUCAAGUUCCUUCUUCAUCUCUAUCUUCUUCAACUUCAUCAUCUCUCAAGAAUAUUCCCCAGCAGCAAGGCCGGCCACAACAAGGCCACACACAGAUUUCUUUUGUAGCAAAUCCUAAAUCAUCAUCACAAGUUCAACAGCCUCCUAAUAGUGCUCCAUCCCCGUCUCCUCCGAUGGUGGUUGGCUCUCCCACAACUUCAAUUUCCCGCAGUGCUGGUGGUAGCCCAAGGACAACAGGUUCCACUUCUACUGGCAACAAAGGUGGCCAAGCAACUAGUUUAUCAUCUCAGCAGGCCAAGAACUCACCAUCAGUGCCUAGUCGGAAGUCAUCUCCUGUUGGUGGAAGGAGUGUGCCAUCAGUCUUGGGAAACCCCCACAUCAGUUCAUCUUCGAAUUCUGGAACCAAGCCCCAAGUGGUGCUACAGCAGCAGCAGCAUCAAAAGCAUACAUUGCAUCAAGCGCAGCUGUUCUUUUCUAAUGCUUACAUGCAGCCCCAAGCUCAACACUCACCAAGCUCAACUGCAACUGGAACAGCUGCUAGUGGGUUCUAUCUUCAACGACACCGUAAUGAGCAACAGCAGGCACAGUCUCCAGGCUCAUCAACAACUUCAUCAACUUCAAUGUUGUCGUUGUGUUCCCCAGUUACUCUUGCCAACUCUGGCACCACUGACCCUGCAAAGGCAGUAGUUGCUGCUGCUGCAGCGGCUGCAGCUGCUGGGAAUAUGAAAGGAGGUGGCUUACCAUCACAGGGACUCGUGCAUGCUGCACAAUUUGCUACUACACAGUCUGGAAAGCCGCAUCAGCUUGUGCCAGGCUUCCCAUAUGUUCACGCUGUCCCUGCUGCUGUUCAGGUAAAACCAGCAGAGCAGAAACAACCUGCUGGUGAGUAGAAUUAUGUCCCUUUUUGAUUCAUAUUGCAACCCCCAUUUAGUGAAACAAGAUACAGCUGUGAAAAGAGAUUUAGUUAGAUUGGGGACUGAAUUUAUGAAGGGGACACUGGUUUCUUGCCCCAGAAAUGACAGCGUGCUCUCUGGUAGCCCAUCAAGACUUGAGAAAGUGCAAAGAAUGGAGGAAAAUGAUUGAAGCUGUCAUGUGGCGUAGAACUCAACCCACAAUUUUGCAAAGUUUAAUGCGGUGGGGGGGGGGGGGGGGGGGUGUGGAAAUUGUUCCUUGUGGAUUGUGCUUGCAAUGUGUAUGCAUCAUAUAUGUACACUUGUGUUUAUAAUCUGACAAGGUUGAUCCUGAAGUCUAGUUAAAUUUGAUUGGUUUGAUGGGGGGCAGAAGAUGGAAAAAGAAAAGGUUGUUAAAAAUGUUUUGUAGGGCAAAAAGAUGGUAGGAAUGAGGAAAAGAAAGGAAGAGCAACACAACUACUUUCCAUCUUUUGGGGCUGUAAUGGAGGGUUCAUUUUCUUUUAAUUUUUUUUUCCUGCUCUUUUUCUUUUGGGAUUUAGAAGUUUCCAGAAUAGAUCAGUAAACAAAUCUUUUGACAUAAUAUUUAUGCAACUGAAGGGUGUAUAUGUAUAUGUCCGGCACAUGUAAGAGUAACCACUCUCCAUUUUUUCAUUAAACUCUCUCUCUGUUCUGAUUGUGCCCCUUUUCAGUAAUGCCAAACUCGUCUUCUUACUCGAUUCAA